CAUAUACAUUCUAAAUGAUUGUUAUUUUAGUUACAGGUAGAUAGUAGUGGGGAUUCGGGAGCGGGUCAUCUCCCCCAGCGGACGAGAUCCCGAGAAUCAGCCAUCCGUUCGCUUCCUCAGGUAACGAUAGAUCGUCCUAUUUGGACGACGUCUUCCAAGUACUCUUCUGCACGCACCCUGUUCACCGGCCGGUGGUCAUCGUGCCUUAUAACCAACCGUGCCAAAAAAGCGGAAGAGAAGUCGGACCUCUGGAAGCGAGUGUUGUACAGUACAUAUCGAGGAUCUACAGGGAAGUCGCGUCGACUCGGGGGAGAACAACGUGUACAUAUAUCAUCGGGAAAGCUACUCUUAUGCGCAGCCAAUGCCAGUUAUAGUCGCAUUUAACGUCGUAUCCAUUGGGAGGAGAAUUCGAGCUCGCCUGUAAAGAGACGAGAUUUCUGGACACAAUGCCACUAGUCCCGAUGGCGGUUGGGGGACCACUUUAGAUAGUAACUGGAUGCAAUUUUCUUACUAUUUAAAAGUACAUCCGCCUAUCUGCUCUGUUCUGUGUCCUGGAGCAACGGGCGGGUGGAGGGAUCGAAGCGGGGACCGGGGGCGCCGGGGUCCGACCCGCGCCGGAUGUUGAUUUAUUAGAUUAAUUUAUUUUUUGAAUAUAUAAAUUGUUAUAAUAAACUGAAUCUCAGAAAUGAAAUAUAUUUAUUUUGAUUCUCGUGGGUUCGGACCAGCCGAACCGGGCCGCUAUAGCACAUUCCAAGUCUGGGUGGCCCGGAUAUUUUUCUACUUCGUCCGUUCGCUGUGAUAACACCGCGCAGGCCUUAAUUAUGGUUGUUGGCUCUGUAUCUGUUCCUUUCUUCAAUAAAAUGUUUUAGCAAAGUUCUCAUGUCUGAAUUUAAUUUUUUUCGACCAAACAAUAAAAUUAGCCCGACUCGUCGAAGGACCUCCAAACCGACCUUCGCGCCUUCGUUUCCGAUUCUUACUCGUUUGCAUUCGCUAAUGGCUCUGGGAACUGUGGACGGACCGACUUUCUGUGUGGCUAUAGAAAAUACCUAUCAACACCAAGGUUACUCGCGUCAUCCUGUCCCUUCUCUCAAUUACUGUUCGGCCGAUAGGAGGAAAGGGAUGGCGCGUCACGUGACCGGGCGCACUCCUAACUGCCAUCUGCCAUUCUCGCCAUCGGUGUGUCGGCGUACGGCGGAAUAGAAACUUCACGAUCAGAGAGGGGUUUGGAGAAAUGCCGGAACAGAAAACCGCUGACUCGAAUGCCAAAAUGCCCAUGUUAAGCGAAUCGAGCGUAAUCAGAUUGACGGAACCUACUAGGACGUUCGGACGAAAGCUGUGGAAAUGGACGAAAGACAAUUUGCUGCUAGUUCUCACCAUUCUCGGCGUACUUUUGGGAAUCCUGUUUGGUUUUUUGGCGCGAUUCGCCGAAUAUUCCGAUGACGUCAUCAUGUUGGUCUCCUUUCCGGGUGACAUUCUCAUGAGAAUGCUAAAGAUGUUAAUCCUGCCCCUUAUUAUUUCUUCCAUGGUUUCGGGUCUAGCCUCUUUGGAUGCCAAAUCCAGUGGGAAAAUGGGAUACCGGACCCUUUUAUAUUACAUAACCACUACUAUUUUGGCAGCCUUCAUCGGCAUUAUUCUGGUUCUGGCCAUUCAUCCCGGUGAUCCUUCCAUUAAAGAAGAGGUAGGCACGGGUACUGAAGAGAAGAAAGUAUCCACUCUUGAUGCAUUUUUAGACUUAAUCAGGAACAUGUUCCCGGAAAACCUUUUGCAAGCCUGUUUCCAGCAAGUGGAAACCACCUACGUCAAAAGAAAACCUAUGAUAGUUCGAACUCAUGCGGAAGAUGGAACCAAUAUUUCUGUUUUUGCCAACGAAACUAUUUUGAAAAGGAGUCUUAUAUAUAAGGAUGGAACUAACGUUUUAGGAUUGAUUAUAUUCUGCAUUGCGUUUGGCAUCAUUACCGGUCAGAUGGAAUACGAGGGCGAACUCAUGGUCCGUUUUUUCGUUAUUUUGAAUGACAUCAUAAUGCGUAUUGUGGUGAUCGUCAUGUGGUAUUCUCCGUUUGGUAUUAUGUCGCUAAUCAUUGGAAAGAUUAUGUCCAUCAGCAAUUUGGCUCUGACCGCGCAGCAACUUGGUAUGUACAUGUUAACUGUCAUAACCGGUCUGAUGAUCCAUGCGGUCAUCACGUUACCCGGCAUCUACUUCGCCUUUACCAGAAAAAAUCCUCUAACUUUUUUCAAAGGCAUGCUACAAGCUUGGAUUACUGCUCUGGGAACAGCAUCGAGUGCUGCCACUCUCCCCAUCACUUUUCGCUGUCUAGAAGAGAAUAAUCAUAUUGAUAAGAGAGUGACUAGAUUUGUCUUACCGGUUGGUGCCACCGUAAACAUGGAUGGCACUGCUUUAUACGAAGCCGUAGCUGCGUUGUUUAUUGCACAAAUGAACGGAAUCGAACUAUCGGCAGGGGAAGUAAUUGCCGUCAGCCUGACUGCCACGGCUGCCAGUAUCGGAGCCGCUAGCGUGCCUAGCGCGGGUUUAGUCACUAUGUUGUUAGUUUUGACAGCUGUGGGUCUACCCACCCAAGAUAUCUCGAUGAUUGUGGCCGUCGACUGGUUAUUGGACAGAAUCCGGACGUCCAUCAAUGUUUUGGGUGAUGCUUUCGGGGCUGGUAUCGUCUAUCAUCUUUCCAAGUCAGAGUUGGACAAGAUCGACGCCGAGCAUGCAGCUCGACAAGAAUUAGAACUGGUCGAAGCGGGUCAACUGAGAAAGAUAUCUGUCACUGGGCGAGCUAGUUUGAGCGAGAAGCCUACGGGCAACAUGAACUUCCUGGGCAGCGGAAGCGGUGACGGAAGUGGCGAAACUCAAAUUUAAGAUAAAGCCAUUCUGGCUCAACGCAAUAAAUCAGAGCCUUAGUUCGGGACUCCAACUUUUUUGAUACUUUCCUCCACUUAGUUCAGAUAAUUGUACAUAACUUUGUAAUCUCGUAUCACUAUCGAACAGCUCGUGUACAUUCUGCUUUCAGAUACGCCUUCCACACAUCGUUCAUCCAUGAUCUGCUGUCCGAUAGAACUCUGAAAUUUUUUGUAACCUGAUAGUGUUU